CCAGUGCGUCCCGCGCGCCGCGUCUUACGCUCAGAAGCCACCGUAUAGCUCUGUGCUCGUUUAUUCGCUAAGCCACGCGGUCAUUGUGAAAGUGUUAUUACAACGAUUUCUCGUCAGUGAGAGUAAACCGAGUGCACUCGCGACGCUAUCGUAUAAGUUUAACGUGUGUGACAUUUUCUUGUGAACCAUAAGAGAGAAUUCAAUGGAAGCCAGGUUCGUGAGCUGCCGGAGUUUCCAGCAGAUCAAGCCGCCUGAAAAGAGUUUAGCACCUCCGCCUACGGUGAAGGGGCUGCUGUCUCGCUUCGGGAGCCAAGCUCAAGCUUUAUUCGCGCCUAAGAAGCCGCGAUUCGGUUCAUCGGUUGCGAUUCAUAAGUUGCGUGAAUCGAAGUGGUUCAAACAUGAGGAACAGAACAUCCUCUGUGCGGUUCUCGAAUCCGGAUUCAUUUUGGAGGUCCGGGCCGAGGACCCUCUGCCGCCUGACUCUGUACUGUCAUCGGACUACCACAUGUACGCCGUUGCCAUGUGGAAGAAGGGUAAAGAAAAAACAAAGAACCCGGAACAGAUAGAGAUUUACACAGUGCAACAAAAGGGUGUCCGUAAACGUAUAAUUAAGACAACCUUGAGUGCCUUCUGGAAGAAAGAUUCUGUUAUAAGAAUCAACAACGUUGACGACAAGCAAGAGACGCCCAACUGUGAAAAAGACAUCAGGGCAAAGCUUGACAUGGCAACAAAAUCCAGAUUCGAAAGAAACUGGCACAAUACCCUGCAUUUCGUCCACUGGUGCCGAUAUGGGGAGACUCCGCAGGAGGCUCGAAUGAGACAGAUAAGCGAGUCGCUCAAGUGGGGUAACAUCGGCAUGAAUAUGGGUGUGAUGCUCGUCAGCCAGAACGCCCGCGGCAAAGCGAAAUCAGUCUGAGUGUCGCACGCCGGCAACGCCGGCGCUUGCUACGCUUGCUUCUGGCAACCUUCGACCGGGAAUAUAGACUUCGUUUGAAUUUCGAUUAAAGAUCAUUCCAUUUUUUGAAUUUGAUUUAAAAUUUUUACGUAUUUCCCGCUCGGAUAUCUUGUUAUGGAAUCUCUCGCAUUGUUCUAAGAUUGAGGGACCGAUUAAUUAUGGAUAUUUGAAUUGAAAAGUUCAUUACGAUUGUCGUCACGUGGUAGUUAGACGUUAAAACAAAGUUUGAUUAGUUAUCGUUGUUGAAAAAAAUUUAACGUUUUUUUUUAAAUAAUGUGAGGGAUUAAGAAGCUUUAAUUUUUUUGUAGAAAUUGAUUUGAUACCUACAUUCCUGAUACAAACAAAAGACGCCCCGCGGCUUUGAAUGUAAAUAUGAUAUAAUUAUGUUAACUUAUCGUAUUAUCCACGAGUUAGUUACUACCCGACGCGUCGGGAAGUAUUGUUAUACCUAAGAUAUAAAUGUACAUGCGUUCACUAAUGUUGUUAGGGAAUUCGAUUUUAUAAGACUGUUCUGAUGAAAAAAAAGGUAAUAAAACUACGAAAAACACGUGUCAGAUCUUUGAAGUGAAAUAACUUAAUAACACAAAUUCAAGGUAAUUGAAAAAAUAUAAAUAUUAUAAAUGUAAUUUGGACAGUAUCUAGUUUUUCGUAGUUUAAAAUUGAUGAGUAUUGUUAAGUAUUCAUAUUUAUAAAUUAACGAUCUAAUGUUGAAAUAAAUAUUUGUAAUUCGUGUACGACUGUUUUGAGAGUUACGAAUUAAUGUUCUAUUUAUACGAGGCAUUUUUAUAAAUAAAUAGUUCAAAAUAAAA